AUGGUGGCGGAAACGCUAGUGAAUGAGUGGGUUUCACGCUUCGGAGCCCCACUGCAGCUGCAUUCCGACCAAGGCAGGAACUUCGAGUCGCAGGUGUUUCAAGGCAUGAGUCGUUGCCUUGGCAUAACGAAGACGCGCACGACACCGCUCCAUCCCCAGUCGGACGGCAUGGUCGAGCGGUUCAAUCGCACGAUACUUCAACACCUGAGCCUGUUUGUGGCCGAUAAUCACAGGAACUGGGACGACCUCAUACCCCUCUUCCUCCUGUCCUACCGAACAGCAGUCCACGAGGCUACCCAGGAGACACCAGCGAUGCUGCUCACCGGUCGAGAGUUACGUCUUCCGAGUGACCUCGUGUUUGGUCCGACGCCUGACUCAGAAGCUGCCUCCAGCACCAGCACCUAUCUUCGUACGCUACGCUCACGGUUGGACAUCGUCCACAAGUUCGCUAGGGAUCGCAUGCGGCAGGCGUUUACGCGCAUGAAGACCCGGUAUGACCCUGUAGUAGUUCACACCACCGUCUGGCGCCGUACCGAGGCCCUGCCAACGACCAACACCCUCGGGAUGUCGCACCGCCUCCUUCGGGGGAGGAGGGGGAGUAGUGUUGCGGAGCCGAAGACGAUGACGGCUGUUCAAACGGACACGUGA